CAGCCGGACGCGGCCGACUGACCCGGUCGCUGUGGCAACGCGGCGGGACCCGGCAGCGCUGCUGGCGGGCGUUCGGGUCUGGAAAACUCACACUGUUUUUCCUCUACUCUCACACCACAAGAAUCAUCAGCACAGAGGAAGACUUCUGUGACCAAAUGUGGUGGGAGAGGGCGUUUCUCACCAGCAUGUGAGCAGUCAGUUCUGCAGCAGACUCGGCUGGGUGUCCUUCAGUUCAGUUCCACCACCGCCUGCCUAGAGAGAGCGGCCACCAUGCUGCCACUGGACUCAGAGCCGGCCCUGAAUGAGCUGCUGCUUCGCAAGGAGGAGGAGUGGAGGGCGUUGCAGGCCCACCGCAGCCAGCUGCAGGAGGCGGCUCUGCAGGACACACGGAGCCAGCUGCAGGAGGCGCAGGGGAAACUGCGGUGCCUGCAGGAGGACUUUGUCUACAACCUUCAGGUGCUGGAGGAGCGGGACCUUGAGCUGGAGCGCUAUGAUGCCGCCUUCACCCGGGCCAGGGAGUGGGAGGAGGCCAGGCGGGCAGAGGUGAGCGAGCUCAAGAUAGAGGCAGCUAAGCUGAGGCAGGCGCUAGGCAGAGAGACCAGGAAGGUGGAGGAGCUGCAGCAGCAGCAGCAGCUGGUGUGGCAGGAGCAUCGCCUGGAGCUGGAGCGCGUCCACAGUGACAAGAAUGGUGAGAUUGACCACCACCGGGAACAAUAUGAAAAUCUAAAAUGGAGGCUGGAGAGAAAACUUGAGGAGCUCGAUGGUGAGCUUGCUCUGCAGAGACAGGAACUGCGGCUGGAGUUUGAAUUGAAAAUGCAGAAGAGGGAGCAUGAAUUCCGUCUGCAGACUGACAGCAUGAGCAACACAGCCUUGUCCCAGGAGCUCAAGGUUAAACUACUGCACAAAGAGCUGGAGGCUCUGAAGGAAGCCGGGGCAAAGGCUGCAGAGAGUCUGCAGAGGGCAGAGGCCACCAACGCCGAGCUGGAGAGGAAGCUCCAGAGUCGAGCCGCGGAGCUCCGGGACCUGGAGGCCAUGAACUGCGCCCGGGUAAAGGACUUAGAGGAUAAACUUCACUCUGUGCAGCUAACCAGGAAGAAGGAAGAGGAAACAUUUAAGAGGAAGCAUGAGGAGCUCGACCGUCUAGCCAGGGAGAAGGACGCGGUGCUGGUGGCGGUGAAGGGAGCCCAUGUGGAGCAGCUGCGGGAGCUGAAGGCCAGCGUUCUGGAGCUGCAGGCCCACUGCGAGACCCUGGAGGCACAGCUCCGCAGGGCAGAGUGGAGGCAGGCCCACACGGCCAAGGAGAAGGAUGCUGCCAUUGACCAACUUCGUGAAGAUGUGUCAACUGUAAAAUCUGCCUGGGAUGCUCAGAUUGCUCAACUGUCUAAGGAGAUGGUCUCCAAAGACCUUCAGAUUCAGACACUACAGGAAGAAGAGGUGAAGCUCAAGGCACAGGUGGCCCGAUCCCAGCAGGACAUUGAAAGGUACAAGCAACAGCUGUCCCUGGCGGUGGAAAGGGAGCGGAGCCUGGAGCGUGAUCAGGUGCAGAUGGGCUUGGACUGGCAGCGCCGCUGUGACGACAUUGAAAGGGACCAGAUCCAAAAGUCAGAGGCCCUGAUUCAGGGUCUGACCACGGCAAAAAGUCAGGUUGCUGCCAAGCUGCAGGAGACAGAGCGGGCGCUACGGGAGCAGGAGGUGGUGCUGAAGGCCGUGACCCUGGAACGAGACCAGGCCGUGCAGGCCCUGAGGAUGCAUGGGCUCCCCGGACCAGGGGCACAGAUGCUCCUCGGGCAGCAUGAAGAAGAAAUAAGUAAAGAGUUUCCAUCCAAUGAGAUCCAGCGGCUCCGAGAGCAGAACACGAGCUUGCGAAGCGCGAUUGCCCAGAUGAGGAAAGAAAUGGAGGCUCUAAGCCAUCAGAUUCCUCCUCCCGUCCAGACAGCGGCAGAGAGCACAGAUGCAAACCAGCCUGACCCAAAGGCUGGGGGAGACCCCGCCACUCCUGGUUAUGUUCUGGCCCUUGAAGCAGAAAUACGAACUCUAAAGCAUAAGUUUAAAACUCUAGAAGAGCAUCUAGAAGAUGUGCUGGAUCCUUUAAAGAUGUCCUCACCUCGUGCUGAGUCUCAGCCCAGCGUCCACACCUCGACAGAGACGACUGGAGGGUCUGUCCAAGCUGGUCAAGCUGGAGGGUCUGUCCAAGCUGGCCCAGUGUCCUCCGGACUGGCACUCAGGAAGCUCGGGGACAGAGUGCAGCUCCUAAACCUGCUGGUGACACGACUCAGACAGAAGGUGCUGCGGGAACCCCUGGAGCCGGCCGUUUUCCAGCGUGAGCUUCCCCGUGAGGUGGACCAGGUACACCUGGAGGUUUUGGAGCUGCGGAAGCAGGUGGCUGAGCUGGGGAAGCAUCUCAGGAUAGCCCAGCAUGGGGGAGCAGAGCCUUCAGGCAAGAAGCAGCCCCCAGCCUCGGACACCGUGACCCUAGGGAGAGAGGUGGGUGCCCGCCAGCUCCUCCUGCCACCUGCCUGUCGAGGCUCCUGCCACAGAAACUGUCCUUGCCUGUGCUCUGCCAGCGUUGCUGCCUGUAUGCCCUGGGAGCUCAGGUGGGACGAGAGCUGCAGUGAAGGCUGUGCCUGGAAGUGGGCCCUGCUCCACCCUUCUCCCCCUUCUUCCUCCGCCUUCUUCCUCCGCUUGCUUCCUCUUUUUCUGGUCCUUCACCUUGACGUCCUGUUGGUGGGGACAGGCCCGGGCCCAUCUCAGUCCUCCCUUCAGCUAACAGCAUCUUGUGUUGGAAACUCACACACUGAAGGUGGCUCAUGUUUGCUUUAAUGCAGGGCCUUGACGGCCUGCUGAGGGGGCAUCUGCGUGCACAGUCCUGCCUGCCCCAUGCCUAGCGGUGGGCCCUCCCUGCGUGGGGAGGGGGCCACAUGGCCCUCACUGCUGCGUUCAGAGCCACGCAGCUGCUCCAUGCCACGGCACUCCUAUCCUGGUCCUGGUCAGGCCCUUGGCCCCAAGGGAGUGACCCCCAACUCCAUGGCUGGGUUUGAGCCACAGCUCUGUGCUGUGGAGAUGACCCCAGGUCCUGAUUCUGAAGCUUGGCAGAGCCGACCAGCAGGGCUCCCUUCUUCCUACCUAAGGCCAGAGGGAAAGGCUGUGAAGGACAGAUUGCCCAGCCUCCCUGUCUUCGUACCCCAGACUGUUGGUAAUUGGGGUAACUGUAGCAAGCUAUGACCUGUGUGACCUAUGAAUCCACAGAAGGUUUCAGGGACGGUAGAUGAUGUCUAGAAGGCACAAAGUGGAAGACAGCGCGGAUCUCCAGGGUACCAUGCUUGGGGAGCAGGACCCAGGGACUCGGACUGGAAUAGAGUGGACUGAGGAAGAUGGGGCCGUGGCUGUCUCAGACUCCAGGACAGUGAGGAGCAGGCCAGAGCUGCCUUGGCAUGGGAUGGGCAAGACCAUGAGGAUGCCUCAGGGGGACGACAGAGCAGGUAUGAGAAGGCGGAGGGAGCCUGAGGCCCCAGCAGGUGCCCAGCCAGUGUGCACAGGAAGGGCUGAGCUGGUUGGUAAGAUAUUGAGCUGCACCUGCCCCUGUAUCUUUGGUACGGAGGUGCUGUCCUCAGGGGUCCCCAGCACCCUAGCCCUCCUGGGCUCCCAGUCCAGCCACUCCAGGGUGGCUCCUGCCCGGUGGGGGCUGUGGCCCCUGGGCCAGCUAGCAGCACAGCGGGGGGUAAGCAUGUCUGCACCCCCACACGUGUCCCACCCACCUGAACGCCGUGUGUUCCUGGACAUGGGUGGGCGCCUCCUUGGGCAGCAAGGGGCCCCAGGAGCUCUCACUGGCAGCCCUUGUGUAGUUCACUGUCUUCCCACUUGUUUAGAAUGAAGGGGCAAGAAUUUAUACAAAUAAGCAGAAUUGUUUUUCUUUUUCUUUUUUUUUGAGACAGUCUCACACUGUUGCCCAGUCUGGAGUGCACUGGUGCUAUCUUGGCUCACCAUAACCUCCUCCUCCCGGGUUCA